AUGGAACCUCAACGUCUUCCCCAUCCGUCAAGCAUGCCGCCCGAUGACAUCGCCCAUCCAACCCCCGCGCGAUCCGGGAUGGAUUCUCCGCCACGACAAGCAAGCACGCCAAAAAAGACGACUGCGAAGGGGAAAACGAGAAAAUCGGACCGGAAGCCUCCCCGGGCGAAGGCAACCAAGGCGGCGUCCUCGCCAGUGCCCAUCCUGAGAUUGCCACCUGAAAUCGUCCUCCUCAUCGACGAACUGCUCGUGCUGCAGGAUCGCCUCGCUCUCAGCCGCACGAACCGUAAAUUUUACACUAUCAUCAACCCCGUCAUUUACCGGGACAAUGUUAGGUUCGCCAACGCCUCGUGCCUCUUCUGGGGCGCCGAGAACGGCCAGCUGGGCACACUGAAGCACGCGCUCGCAGCUGGCGCCGACCUGAACGCCUCGGGCCCGUUGCCUGGUAAGAUCAGCGCUGGCGACGGCCCUGGCGCCGAGAACGACCACCCCGAAAGCGAUGGGAACGGUGACGCCGACCCCGCCGCCGACUUGGAGGAACCGUUGAAUCCCAGCUUGGAGCCGUCGUGCACCGCGCUGCACCUAGCGGCUAAGAACGGGCAUCGCGAUAUCGUCGAGUGGCUGCUCGACAACGGCGCUAACAUCGACGCGCCCUCAUACCGAGUCUGCGACUGCCAGUCCCUUAAGGGCGGGAGGCACCCCUCGCACCGCCUCUCCGAGUGGCCGCGGUGGCGCGCCCUCCACACCGCCAUGUGCAACCAAGAACGGGCCGUGGCCGAGUUGCUCCUCUUCCGCGGCGCCUCGCUCGAGCUCGAUGCCGCACCCGAGCACAAGCACACGGCGCUCCACUCGGCCGCCGCCCACGGCCUGAUCCCCAUCAUCAAACUGUUGGCGCUGGACGACGUCCACCUCGACGUCAACCAGCGGGACGCCUGGGGCAACACGGCGCUGCACUACGUGUCCGAGAUCUGGAGCCCGCGCGACUCGGCCGACAUACGAGACACGAUCGCGAAGCUGCUUGCCCUGGGCGCUGAUCUGGAGGCGCACAACGACAACGGCCACACGCCUUUGCUCAACGCGUGCUACCGGGGCAACUUCGCGGUGGCGCACCGGCUGGUGAGCUUUGGUGCCAAUCCGGACCCGCACCGGCACAUCCCCCACUUCCGCGACUUCCGGCCGCUGUACUACUGCAUGCUGCAGCGCACCGAGUUCUUCGAUGUGGACGAGGCGCCGGUCAAGCAUGACGAGUUCGAAGGCAACCGCGUGACGCUGAUCAAGGCCCUGGUGGAUGCCGGCGCCGAUGUCAAUGCCCGGUUUGACAAGCGCGGCCACCGCAGCGCGACCCCGCUCAUGCUUGCCUGCGAGCUUGCAGAGCCGCGCGCCGUGGCCGCCCUCGUCCAGUGCGGCGCCGAGAUCCACGCUCAGGACCGCAGCGGGAGGACGGCGCUGUGCUACGCCGUGACGUUGCGCGUCGACCACCGCGGCGAGGUGCCCGAGAUCGCAUCCAUCCUGCUCCGCCACGGGGCCCGCAUGGACCUGGAGGAGGAGCCCAACAGCAGCCCGCUCGAGACCGCGAUAAAGCACAUCCGGUGGGCGGAUGACGACGUGCUCGAGGCCAUGCUCAGCGUGGCCGACGGGCGAAACCUCACCGAGGCGAAGCUUAAGAACGCGCUGCGGAAUUGCGCUUCCUGCGGGAACUACAAGGCGCUGAAGCUUCUCCUCCAGUACGCGGAGCGCGUGUACGAAGUCACGGACGCGGACGUGAAGGAGUACCUCUGCCGUAUCAUCGAGCAGAGCGACGCAUGGAACCAGGUCGAGACGUUCAACUGCAUGAUGGACUUUGGCCGGCCCGUCUACACGAACGAGAUGCUCCUGCUCAAGACCAUGUUGCAGCAGAACCGCGAGCUGAGCCUGGCCGUGCUGGAGCGCGGCGUCUCGGUCAGCGAGCCGCGCUUCCACGGCGGCCAGACCUACCUGCAUCUCGCGUGCCAGUGGGGUGACCCGGAUGUUGUCAGGGCCCUUCUGGAGCGCGGCGCCGACGUCAACGUGUUCGACCACGAGCUGCGGACGCCGCUGUCCAUCGCGGUCAGCGAGAACUUCAUCUGCAUCGCGGUGGAGCUCAUGAAGGAGGUUGCCGACCCGUUCCUCGUGCCGCCGGACUCUUUGCUGCAAGAGCUCUUCAGCCAAGACGACGCCGGCGACGGCCCCGACGACGAAUGGCGCUUCAUCAAGCGGCGCUACCUGACGGCGUUCGACCUCGCCAUCCGCGACGACCGCGUCGUGAUCCUCAACGAGAUGCUCUCGCGCUUCGCGCUGCCCGACAUCCCCGCCGGCGCCCGCUUCAGCUACGUCCACCGGGCCGCGCAGAACCCGAACCCGGCCGUGCUCGCGGCGCUGCUCGGCCGCGGCGCCGACCCGGCCGGCGGCGCCCGCGGCCCCGCCGAGCCCGCCGUGCGCCUCGUCCGCCGCGUCUGGGACGCGCCCCGCCCGCCCGACGCCGCCGUCGGCCUGCUGCAAACCGCCAAGCUGCUGAUCGACAGGUACGACAGCCCCGCGCUGGCCGCCCUGGUCCGCGAGAUCGCCCUGUGCGACGACCCGGACCCCGAUCGCCGCGCGCUGCGCGACCUCGUCGUCCGCGAGCUCGGCAUCUGCGUGGAGCCGGGCAAGGGCGGUCCCGGGGCCGAGCCGGUCGUCCGCAUCGUCAAGACGGACCUGCUGCCGGAGCCGCUUCCGCAGGAUAGCAAGGCUUGCAAGGUCAUAUGAUGCCUGCCUGCCGACAAAGUUUGCAAAGUCUUAUGAUGCCCGUAGUUCCGGGUGUAAGCGUGGUUUUUACCUCCUUUCCCAGGUACCUUUUCCUUUUUCUCCGUUGUUUCGAAUUUGCAUCAAAAAGCGGGUCGGUUUCAAAGCAGUUUACACAGAACGGAUUACGCAAAGAAGCGGGGGCUAGGGUAUACGGGACAUGUUGCUUGCUUGCUUACGGGGCUGGGCCGGGUUGGAAAUGGGCUGGGCUGGGCUUGGGAAACUU